AUGUUUCGGAGGAGGAGGUCCGUCGCGUACUUCGCCCACGACCCAAGCCACCACCGGCUGCUCCAGGCGCCGGACGCCGACGACGAUGGCGAGUUCACCUGCGACGGCUGCCAGGUGGUCGGCGCCGGGCCGCGGUACCUCUGUGACCACCCGGGCUGCGGCUUCAAGCUCCACGAGGUGUGCGCGCGCCGCUUCCCAAGGUCGCUCAAGUCUAUCGUCCACUCCAAGCACAGGCUGAAGCGCCGCGAGAGCGCCGGCGGCGGCGACGGCAGCAAGUGCGAGGUGUGCGAGGAGGACGUGAAGGGGGCGUGCUACGGCUGCGACGCCGGCGCGUGCGCUUCGGCGGCCGUCGUCGUGCACCCGCUCUGCGUCCACCUGCCGCCCGUGGCGCGGGGAUCGGCCGAGGCGCACCCCGGCGGCCACGACUCGUGGCUCGUCCAGAAGGCGUCGGAGGGCGGCGCUGCGUCGACGUGCGCGGCGUGCGGGCGCGGCAUCGACGGGGCCUGGAGAUACCGGUGUGGGACGUGCCGGGAGGACGUGCACCCGCGCUGCCUCGUGCCGGCGGUGGACCAGUGCCGCGGCGGCGAGGCGUCGACAGUCGCGAUGGGGAAGCGGUGCUGCCUGUCGGCCGAGAAUGACGUGAUAGGCUGUCUCAACAUCAGCUACUACUGCCGGGGAUCGGUGUAGCUAGUUUCCAUGAUACGUGACCGUGUUGAAUAAGUUUAAUUCGGCAGUGAACUACAUUGUCCAUGCAAAUUUCUUGAUGUA